AUGGAAGGGAAAGAACCGCUGGACGGCCUGCCCGACGUCCGAGAGCCCGAGACAGGGGUUCGGCCAGCAACCGUGGUCACGGCAUGUCUGCUCUCAAGACAAGCACCGCAAGCUGUGUCAGCGGUGCCUCGGAGCGGCCAAGUCCGCCAGAUAUCCCCUGACGUGAUCGCCGGUGCGAGUCACAUCCGAUCGGCGACAGUUUCGUCGAAGCUGGCUUCGGGAAAGUGGCCGCACCCCGAACACGUUGCCAGAAGAAUCGUCCAAACCCUUCAGCAAUGGGGUGCACUAGAACCGCAACAGCAAGAACAACAACGAGCGCCCCUACAACGCUGCUCAGGCAUGGGCGGGACUGACCACCCGAGCAACCUAAGCGGUGGCAAGAACCGUUUAGGAAAAGGUGAGAGUCAUGCAUCGGCGACUGGGCACGUGGCACAGGAGCCGGACACCCAGGAGCCUAGCGAAGGCGACGAUACCCGUGCUUCCUCGGGUGAAAAUGGAGCGUUGGGCACAACAAAAGCCGUAGAAAGGGUUCACGACGAGCGACAUGGCAAUGGGGCCGAACAUUCAUCAUCGGACGGGGAAGGAAUGAAAGGAGGAGCCGGAGAGCUUGGUGUUAGCGAUGGUCGGUCUGAAGGCGGUGUCGCUGGAGCCGGCCGCACGUUGCUAGAAAGCCCUGACAUGACAGCUAGCAACAUUUUGCCGCAGGGACAAGGUGUUAACAACAGCACGAGUGAGGUUCCGGUGAGCGGAACAGGAAGUGCUGCGAGGCCCCAUGGUGGUGAGACUGCGACCUCGACGGUUGCACCAACGAUGGAGGCGUUUGACUUGAGUGUGGAGGACGCUUGGGCUGAGACCAUAACCGCGAGUUGGCUUUCGUCGCUUGUCGUACUCAAGGGAGUGGAGUUUGCAGCAGAGGGGAGCACCGCAGACCCGUGCUUGCUCCUGCGGGUGGGCAAGCGGAAGGGCAGGAAGAGCAAGCCCGUUGCCGAUGUUCCCGGAGGGCCGGGGGGGCAGUGCCGCUGGCCGUCGCAGACAUGUGUCGUAACAGGUCUCGGGGAGGAGAAUAUUCGUUCUUCGGGCUUGGAGGUUGAAAUAUGGGAUGACCUUGGGUGGAUCAUCGCUAAGGGUAACGUAUCCCCCGACGAGAUUGGCAAUGCCCUGGACGUUGCGGUAACGGCCGCUCGAGCUGCGCCUGCGACUGCUGUUUCAGCCACGGAAGGGUCUGUAAGUCCGUCAACGCCGCUGCCGACUGUCACAUGCGAUCUCAAGACCGAUCGCGGUCCCGUGACCACCGGCAACGGCCGCGUGACGUUCGGGGUACGGCUUCUCAGACCAGAGAAUGCCUCUGUUGACAGCAGGCAUGGCGAAUGCGCAACCGAUGGUGCCGUUAGCUACAACGCAGAGGAAGGUGAUGACGCAAAGGAGCGAUUGUCACAAACGUUACAGAACAUGGAGGACGGCAAAGUGUUACGUCGUGUUGAUACAACGACCCAUGUGCAGGGAGACACGACUGAGGCGCAGCACGCUUCAAACGCCACAAACCUUACUGUAAAAAAAGCCGUUCGCGGCGACGCAGGAAGGGUUUUCGACGAGAUCAACGACCUCUUAGGACUCACGUCCAACGGCAGCGCCAUUGGGAGCGGGGUGCCUACGUCGUGCUCUGGCGCGGCAUCCACGGGCAGCGGUACCGGUGGCUCUGGUGACUUCUCUUUCAAUCUCGGCGAUGGCUUGCUUGGCAAUGAACACCACACCAGUGUAGACGAUCUAGCGGGCGAAUCCUGGAGUUCAGUAGAGGAAGGGCCCCUUGCCACUUCAGGACAAUGUAGACGGGAGAGCGGUGGGGGCUUGGUCGAACGCCCACGGAACCUAACCGCCUCGCCUGCGGUCUCGAUCUCUGACAACGGACGGGCACCCUUAGACAGGAACGGGGUCGGUGGGGGGGUCAACCCGCCCGCCGCUCCGUUGACCCUAGCCGCAAAUGAACGUGGCACCGCAGACUCCUCCAACCCUUCCGAUGGUGUCGACGCUGACGACUACAGCGACGACGACUUCUACUAUGAUGGCGCCAUCGGAGGCGCGGAGGGACCGCUCGACGUCCGGAGCCUUUUCAGCUGCAGCAGCGCGUCUUCUUCUGCCUCGCUAUCCCUAGAGAAAGAAGCACAUGGUUUGACUUCCGCUGAGGCGAGGGGGGCUCCGCAGCACGAGCGAGAGGAGAUAGCCGUCGGCGCCGCCGCGCAGAUACUACGGCGACGCCUUCGACGAGCCGCAGAAAGAUGUGGCGGCGGCGGCAAUCUUGGUGCAAAGGCAGCGCUGUUGUUCAAUAGACUAGAUGAGGAUCAAAACGGGCAACUUGGCGUGGAAGAGCUAGAGAAAGCUCUCGCGCCCACGAGGGGAAAACGCGCUGAACGCACGGAAAACCCUGUGUUGCCGCCAUCGCGGGUGAUGGCUGCGCUCGUCGCCGGCAUGGACCGGGUCGGCAAGCAGUCGGCGAACCUGAAAGAGUUUCAGGCGUUUGUCCUAGACGUACCCGGUAGCGGCGGGAACACGGCAACGGACGCGCCAACCAGCCCCGAACUGUCCAGAGGCAACGUCGACAUGGCUGCUCUGUGGCUUCGACUGAGGCGUGCCGCAAUCGAGCCCAGCAGUCGGCACGAUUGCAACAAAGAUGGAGUCCAGAGGCCGAUCCCGGUGUCGGCUGCGGGUACGAACGGUGGCGGGGGUGAGGGCAGAGCGGAAGAUCAGGAAUCGAUGCCGGGGGAGCGGGAAUCGUGGAGCGCUUUGACGUGGGAGGGGCCUGUUGACGUGUCGAGCCUAGGAAGGGAGCGUUUCGAAGAGCGUGAUACGGAGGGCUCCGGCAGAGUACCUUGUCACACUUUUCGUGAGGUUCUUAGUGGUCCCGGAGUGCAAAUAGAGCCCCCAUUGAGCGAAGCCGAAAUGGAAUCUCUCUGCAGGCACUUCGAUUCCAACUUCAAAUCCAAAAGGUUGCCGGUGGGGAGAGAUUGGAACGGCGAAGCGGUCAGAUACCCCGCGGGCCGCGAGGAGGAGAACGAGGAAACCAGGGAGGUGGGGUGGCCCGUCCAUGCCGAUGCCCCGGUCUCGUACCGCGCACUCUUGGGUUGGAUCGAUCCGAUAGACGUCGGCCGUGUCGCCAAAAGGGUAUCGCGUUUUUUGCGCGCGGUGGGUAAUCCGGGCUCGAAGAUUGGUGGUCCUGUAGCGGAGCAGGACUGUCGAGAUCAAGGCAUGCCUGCGAGGGCGUUGGGAGUCAUGGGGCCCAAAGUUGGGGGCGCCAAGCCUGGGGGUGCAAGAAUCAAAGUGGCUGCAUCCGCAGAUAUGCCGAAGGCAGUAGAGGUGGCGGGCGUUGGCCUGGGAGGUGGUACCGCUGCUACUCGUGCUGCUGCCUCCGACGCUCGCGGUGGUGGGGACGAUGCAGAUGACGAUAGUGUGGAUGGUGGAGUGGACGUUUCUGGUGGCGGUGGUCACAAUGGCGGUGGGGUGGAAACGGUAGAGAGGAGGGCAAUCGUGAAGCUGUUCCGGGCCGUGGACGUGGACGCCUCCGGUCACAUUUCCCAGGAAGAGCUCCUAAAAGCGGUGAACGGCCUCGGCUUGCCAGUAUCCGAAGCUGAGGCCCGGCUGCUCGUUACUGAGUACGCGGGGGUCGCCGGAGGAGGCCGUGCCGAUGGGAGCGGAGGGAAAGGAACGGGCGAGGGGCAGCUGUCGCUCGACGAUUUCGACUGCAUGGUUCGGUGGCAAAGCCGUGCGUACUGA